GCUCCGGCUCGGACGCGCUUACUGGGCGGCCAGGCCGCCUCACAGACGAGGACACUCGGUCCCCUCCGGCCACGCCGGCCCCACUAUGGGUAUCGGCCCUCGCGUGGCGCAGGCCGAGCGGCCGGUGGCUGCGUAGGUGGCAAGAAGAACCCUAAGCCGAGCGAGGCUUGUGGGAGCGUGGCCGACGCAGACCAGAGACGCGCACGAGCGAGGCUCGCUAUUCUCCUUUUGGGGUCUCGUGCCCAUGAGAGCAGAACCUCUUCGAAAGAAGAAGAAAGUAGAUCCUAAGAAAGACCAAGCAGCAAAGGACCGCUUGAAAAAGAGGAUCAGACGACUGGAGAAGGCAAGCCAGGAGCUCAUUCCCAUUGAGGAUUUUAUCACGCCAGUCAAGUUCUUGAAUAAAGAGAGACAGCGGCCUCCUGUGGAGCUGCCCUUUGAGGAGAGCGAGCGGAGAGCCCUGCUUCUGAAGCGGUGGUCAUUGUACAAGCAGCGAGAGCAUGAGAUGGAGAGGAGUGCCAUCAGGUCCCUGCUUGAGGCCCAGGAGGAAGCUCUGCAGGAGCUGAGGCUCUCAUCCCCAGAACUCCAUGCGGAGGCCACCAAGAGGGACCCCAGCCUGUUCCCCUUUGAAAGGCAAGGGCCAGAUUACACACCACCGAUCUCUGACUACCAGCCCCCGGAAGGCAGGUACCAGGACAUCACCAAGGUGUACACACAGGUGGAGUUCAAGAAAUAGACUGUCCUUGAGAGCCCAUGCCAUUGGGGCCUGAGCCUGCUUGCGACAGGGUUACGUGGGCUAUGAAUAAAUAUGUUCAACCUGCUGUU